AUGUCCGAUGUAGAUAUAGAUUCGUUUGUUGGGUUUAGUUUCUCAAUAUACGCUAGAAUAAUCGCUGUAUUACAGGGAUCUCUUACGGAGCUGAUCGUUCACACGUCCAUCGCCUUGAACGAACCGAUGCCAGUGAAACAGCUUGGAACUAAUGGAACGACUACUGUAUCUGUUUUCCUGAUUUGGAAUCAACCUGAUGAGUAUAGAAGUGAUUACAACUACAGAGUACAAAUAGAAAACACUUCAUCUGUAGUGAUAAAUCAAACAACGGCAUCAAAUCAACUCAAUGUAACUAAUCUGACACCUGGAGUAACAUAUACAUUCACUGUGUUUACAAGAGCGGCUGAUAAUGUCACGGAAAGUCAAUCUGUCUCAUAUACAACCUGCACAGUUCCGGGUUUGGCUCAGAAUAUCACAGUAAAUAAUAACAGUACUACUAAUUCACUGAGUGUGAACUGGACAAUACCAGCAGGGAAAGUGGAUAAAUACACAGUCACUCUGAGUGGAGACGUAAAUAGAACAAUCACAACUAAUUCUACACAAGUGAAUUUCAUAGACUUACUGCCAGGCAGAAACUACUCCAUCACUAUACAGACAAUUAGUAGUAACUGCAGCCAGUCAGAAGCUCCAGUGAUAGACGCAACAUAUCCAACCCCUCCAAACUCAUUAAGCUUUACAAAUAUCGGAACAAACACCAUUUCAUUGUCAUGGGGAGAACCAGUAAAUAUGACUAAUGUGACAAAGUCUUUCAAUAUAAAUUACAGCAAUUCUUCAUCCUCUUGGACUGUGACAGUAAACACAUUAAAUGCCACCCUUCAGAACCUCACAUCUGGGACUAAUUACACAAUUACUGUAGUAACAGUUGGUGCUCGGCAGUAUCAGAGUUCUCCUGUGACCAGUUCCAUCUACACAAAACCGAUGCCAGUGAAACAGCUUGGAACUAACGGAAUGACUACUGUGUCUGUUUUCCUGACUUGGAAUCAACCUGAUGAGUAUAGAAGUGAUUACACCUACAGAGUACAAAUAGAAAACACUUCAUCUGUAGUGAUAAAUCAAACAACGGCAUCAAAUCAUCUCAAUGUAACUGAUCUGACACCCGGAGUAACAUAUACAUUCACUGUGUUUACAAGAGCGGCUGAUAAUGUCACGGAAAGUCAAUCUGUCUCAUAUACAACCUGCACAGUUCCGGGUUUGGCUCAGAAUAUCACAGUAACUAAUAACAAUACUACUAAUUCACUGAGUGUGAACUGGACAAUACCAGCAGGGAAAGUGGAUAAUUACACAGUCACUCUGAAUGGAGACGUAAAUAGAACAAUCACAACUAAUUCUACACAAGUGAAUUUCAUAGACUUACUGCCAGGCAGAAACUACUCCAUCACUAUACAGACAAUUAGUAGUAACUGCAGCCAGUCAGCAGCUCCAGUGAUAGAGGCAACAUAUCCAACCCCUCCAAACUCAUUAAGCUUUUCAAAUAUCGGAACAAACACCAUUUCAUUGUCAUGGGGAGAACCAGUAAAUAUGACUAAUGUGACAAAGUCUUUCAAUAUAAAUUACAGCAAUUCUUCAUCCUCUUGGACUGUGACAGUAAACACAUUAAAUGCCACCCUUCAGAACCUCACAUCUGGGACUAAUUACACAAUUACUGUAGUAACAGUUGGUGCUCGGCAGUAUCAGAGUUCUCCUGUGACCAGUUCCAUCUACACAAAACCGAUGCCAGUGAAACAGCUUGGAACUAAUGGAAUGACUACUGUGUCUGUUUUCCUGACUUGGAAUCAACCUGAUGAGUAUAGAAGUGAUUACACCUACAGAGUACAAAUAGAAAACACUUCAUCUGUAGUGAUAAAUCAAACAACGGCAUCAAAUCAACUCAAUGUAACUAAUCUGACACCUGGAGUAACAUAUACAUUCACUGUGUUUACAAGAGCAGCUGAUAAUGUCACGGAAAGUCAAUCUGUCUCAUAUACAACCUGCUCAGUUCCGGGUUUGGCUCAGAAUAUCACAGUAAAUAAUAACAGUACUACUAAUUCACUGAGUGUGAACUGGACAAUACCAGCAGGGAAAGUGGAUAAAUACACAGUCACUCUGAAUGGAGACGUAAAUAGAACAAUCACAACUAAUUCUACACAAGUGAAUUUCAUAGACUUACUGCCAGGCAGAAACUACUCCAUCACUAUACAGACAAUUAGUAGUAACUGCAGCCAGUCAGCAGCUCCAGUGAUAGACGCAACAUAUCCAACCCCUCCAAACUCAUUAAGCUUUACAAAUAUCGGAACAAACACCAUUUCAUUGUCAUGGGGAGAACCAGUAAAUAUGACCAAUGUGACAAAGUCUUUCAAUAUAAAUUACAGCAAUUCUUCAUCCUCUUGGACUGUGACAGUAAACCCAUUAAAUGCCACCCUUCAGAACCUCACAUCUGGGACUAAUUACACAAUUACUGUAGUAACAGUUGGUGCUCGGCAGUAUCAGAGUUCUCCUGUGACCAGUUCCUUCUACACAAAACCGAUGCCAGUGAAACAGCUUGGAACUAAUGGAAUGACUACUGUGUCUGUUUUCCUGACUUGGAAUCAACCUGAUGAGUAUAGAAGUGAUUACACCUACAGAGUACAAAUAGAAAACACUUCAUCUGUAGUGAUAAAUCAAACAACGGCAUCAAAUCAACUCAAUGUAACUGAUCUGACUCCUGGAGUAACAUAUACAUUCACUGUGUUUACAAGAGCAGCUGAUAAUGUCACGGAAAGUCAAUCUGUCUCAUAUACAACCUGCUCAGUUCCGGGUUUGGCUCAGAAUAUCACAGUAAAUAAUAACAGUACUACUAAUUCACUGAGUGUGAACUGGACAAUACCAGCAGGGAAAGUGGAUAAAUACACAGUCACUCUGAAUGGAGACGUAAAUAGAACAAUCACAACUAAUUCUACACAAGUGGAUUUCACAGACUUACUGCCAGGCAGAAACUACUCCAUCACUAUACAGACAAUUAGUAGUAACUGCAGCCAGUCAGCAGCUCCAGUGAUAGACGCAACAUAUCCAACCCCUCCAAACUCAUUAAGCUUUUCAAAUAUCGGAACAAACACCAUUUCAUUGUCAUGGGGAGAACCAGUAAAUAUGACUAAUGUGACAAAGACUUUCAAUAUAACUUACAGCAAUUCUUCAUCCUCUUGGACUGUGUCAGUAAACACAUUAAAUGCCACCCUUCAGAACCUCACAUCUGGGACUAAUUACACAAUUACUGUAGUAACAGUUGGUGCUCGGCAGUAUCAGAGUUCUCCUGUGACCAGUUCCUUCUACACAAAACCGAUGCCAGUGAAACAGCUUGGAACUAAUGGAACGACUACUGUGUCUGUUUUCCUGAUUUGGAAUCAACCUGAUGAGUAUAGAAGUGAUUACACCUACAGAGUACAAAUAGAAAACACUUCAUCUGUAGUGAAAAAUCAAACAACGGCAUCAAAUCAACUCAAUGUAACUGAUCUGACACCCGGAGUAACAUAUACAUUCACGGUAUUUACACGAGCGGCUGAUAAUGUCACGGAAAGUCAAUCUGUCUCAUAUACAACCUGCACAGUUCCGGGUUUGGCUCAGAAUAUCGCAGUAAAUAAUAACAAUACUACUAAUUCACUCAGUGUGAACUGGACAAUACCAGCAGGGAAAGUGGAUAAUUACAAUGUCACUCUGAGUGGAGACGUCAAUAGAGCAAUCACAACUAAUUCUACACAAGUGAAUUUCACAGACUUACUGCCAGGCAGAAACUACUCCAUCACUAUACAGACCGCUAGUAGUAACUGCAGCCAGUCAGCAGCUCCAGUGACAGAGGCAACAUAUCCGACCCCUCCAGGUUCCUUAAACUUUACAAAUAUCAAAACAAACACAGUUUCGUUGUCCUGGGGAGAACCAGUAAAUAUGACCAAUGUGACAAAGACUUUCAAUAUAACUUACAGCAAUUCUACAUCCUCUUGGACUGUGUCAGAAAACACAUUAAAUGCCACCCUUCAGAACCUCACAUCUGGGACUAAUUACACAAUUACUGUAGUAACAGUUGGUGCUCGGCAGUAUCAGAGUUCUCCUGUGACCAGUUCCAUCUACACGAGACCAAUGUCAGUGAAACAGCUCGGAGCAUCUAAUGUGAGUUCAAAUUAUGUUUUCCUGCUUUGGGGUCAACCUGAUGAGUAUAGAAGUGAUUACACCUACAGAGUACAAAUAGAAAACACUCCAUCUGUAGUGAUAAAUCAAACAACGGCAUCAAAUCAACUCAAUGUAACUAAUCUGACACCAGGAGUAACAUAUACAUUCACGGUAUUUACACGAGCGGCUGAUAAUGUCACGGAGAGUCAAUCUGUCUCAUAUACAACCUGCACAGUUCCGGGUUUGGCUCAGAAUAUCGCAGUAACUAAUAACAAUACCACUAAUUCACUCAGUGUGAACUGGACAAUACCAGCAGGGAAAGUGGAUAAUUACACAGUGACUCUGAGUGGAGACCUCAAUAGAACAAACACAACUAAUUCUACACAAGUGAAUUUCACAGACUUACUGCCAGGCAGAAACUACUCCAUCACUAUACAGACAUUUAGUAGUAACUGUAACCAGUCAGCAGCUCCAGUGAUAGAGGCAACAUAUCCGACCCCUCCAGGUUCCUUAAACUUUACAAAUAUCACAACAAACACAGUUUCGUUGUCCUGGGGAGAACCAGUAAAUAUGACCAAUGUGACAAAGACUUUCAAUAUAACUUACAGCAAUUCUACAUCCUCUUGGACUGUGUCAGAAAACACAUUAAAUGCCACCCUUCAGAACCUCACAUCUGGGACAAAUUACACAAUUACUGUAGUAACAGUUGGUGCUCGGCAGUAUCAGAGUUCUCCUGUGACCAGUUCCAUCUACACGAGACCAAUGUCAGUGAAACAGCUCGGAGCAUCUAAUGUGAGUUCGAAUUAUGUUUUCCUGCUUUGGGGUCAACCUGAUGAGUAUAGAAGUGAUUACACCUACAGAGUACAAAUAGAAAACACUCCAUCUGUAGUGAUAAUUCAAACAACGGCAUCAAAUCAACUCAAUGUAACUAAUCUGACACCAGGAGUAACAUAUACAUUCACGGUAUUUACACGAGCGGCUGAUAAUGUCACAGAGAGUCAAUCUGUCUCAUAUACAACCUGCACAGUUCCGGGUUUGGCUCAGAAUAUCGCAGUAACUAAUAACAAUACCACUAAUUCACUCAGUGUGAACUGGACAAUACCAGCAGGGAAAGUGGAUAAUUACACAGUGACUCUGAGUGGAGACCUCAAUAGAACAAACACAACUAAUUCUACACAAGUGAAUUUCACAGACUUACUGCCAGGCAGAAACUACUCCAUCACUAUACAGACCGCUAGUAGUAACUGCAGCCAGUCAGCAGCUCCAGUGAUAGAGGCAACAUAUCCGACCCCUCCAGGUUCCUUAAACUUUACAAAUAUCACAACAAACACAGUUUCGUUGUCCUGGGGAGAACCAGUAAAUAUGACCAAUGUGACAAAGUAUUUCAAUAUAACUUACAGCAAUUCUACAUCCUCUUGGACUGUGUCAGAAAACACAUUAAAUGCCACCCUUCAGAACCUCACAUCUGGGACUAAUUACACAAUUACUGUAGUAACAGUUGGUGCUCGGCAGUAUCAGAGUUCUCCUGUGACCAGUUCCAUCUACACGAGACCAAUGUCAGUGAAACAGCUCGGAGCAUCUAAUGUGAGUUCAAAUUAUGUUUUCCUGCUUUGGGGUCAACCUGAUGAGUAUAGAAGUGAUUACACCUACAGAGUACAAAUAGAAAACACUCCAUCUGUAGUGAUAAAUCAAACAACGGCAUCAAAUCAACUCAAUGUAACUAAUCUGACACCAGGAGUAACAUAUACAUUCACGGUAUUUACACGAGCGGCUGAUAAUGUCACGGAGAGUCAAUCUGUCUCAUAUACAACCUGCACAGUGCCUGGAUUAAUUGGAUCUCAGAAUAUCACUUUGAGUAAUAACAGUACAACGAAUACCCUCAGUGUGAACUGGAUAAACCCAGGAGGAAAUGUGGAUAAUUACACAGUGACUCUGAGUGGAGACGUCGAUAGAACAAACACAACUAAUUCUACACAAGUGAAUUUCACAGACUUACUGCCAGGCAGAAACUACUCCAUCACUAUACAGACAAUUAGUAGUAACUGCAGCCAGUCAGCAGCUCCAGUGAUAGAGGCAACAUAUCCCACACCACCAUCCUCUGUAAUAUUUACCAGCAUCGGAACAAACAACAUUUCAUUGUCCUGGGGAGAACCAGUAAAUAUGGCCAAUAUAUCAAAAACCUUUUCUAUAAUUUACAGCAAUUCUUCAUCCUUUUGGACUGUCUCGACAAACUUAUUAAAUGUCACCCUUCAGAACCUCACUUCUGGGACCAAUUACACAAUCAAUGUAGUAACAGUUGGUGCUCGGCAGUAUCAGAGUUCUCCAGUGACCAUAUCAGCGUACACAAAACCGAACGCAGUGAAACUCCUCAGAGACAAUGGCAAAACAUCAUAUUCUGUUUCCCUGAUUUGGGAUCCACCUGACGAGUACAAGGCUGAAUAUAAAUACAGAAUAGUAACAGCAACUUCAUCAUCUGUAGUGAUAAAUCAAACAACGGCAUCAAAUCAACUCAAUGUAACUAAUCUGACACCCGGAGUAACAUAUACAUUCACUGUAUUUACAAGAGCGGCUGAUAAUGUCACGGAAAGUCAAUCUGUCUCAUAUACAACCUGCACAGUUCCAGGGACUGUGUCUUCUUUCAGUUGUUCUUCCAUAAAGUUGGAGAAAUCCCUGUCAUUCAUAUGGACAUGUCCUGCCGGAGUGUAUACCACCUUCACUCUCAGUCUAUACAACACAAAUAACAGCAUCUUAAGUACCACCGUUAUCAAUCAGACCUGUACGAAUGACAUACAGACUUAUAUUCAGCCAGGCGUGCAAUAUAACACUAAUUACACUGCUAAUAUAUCAACUUCCAUGCAGUCGUGCAGCCAAAUAAGUGAUGACGUCAUGAUUGCCAACUGUUUAACUUCCAUAGGACCACCAAUACAGAUAAAUACUACAGAUUAUUCCAUAAUUGGACCUCCUACAUUUAAUCAAUUUGAUUAUACUUUCAAUGAAUUUGAUGCCAGCAAUGGACCCAUAGCGGCCUAUGCUGUUAUCGUUACUACACAAAAUGUUGCUGGUACCUUUCCAACAAAGGAUAUUCUGUCUAAGACUUACGCUGAUUUUAAAAGCAAGACCACCACUGCUUAUGUAACACAAAUCAUAGAAAACGGGCAAAAAAUUCUAUCAAACAGGGCAAUAAGUACAAAGACUGUGAGAAUUGGAGAAGCAUCUCAAACAUAUGGCUAUACCAAUGGGCCCUUGGAACCCUUAACAUCAUACUGGGUCGCUGUGGCUGGAUUUACUAACUUAACAAUUACCUCUGGAAUUAUUUCAGCAGAAAACAGUGUAUUUUCAUUUGCUCCUUAUGCAUUGGCAACUACAACCACCCAGAACCCAGGUGUAAUCGUAGGAGCCGUUGUGGGAUGUAUCCUCGGAGUUAUUGUGAUUGGUAUCAUGGGCUUUUUUAUCUGGCGGAGAAGAAGGCAAGGAGACAAAAAGGAGACAUUUGAUGGAGCAAAAAUGUCACGUAUGGCCAAGGUUCAGGGAAUAAAGACAUCCAGUUUUGCUAGCCACUUUGCUAAACAGCAUGCCGAUUCAAAUCUCGGAUUCCGCAGAGAGUAUGAGAAUUUUGGGUCUGUUGGCGUUAUGCAACCUAAAGCCGCAGCUGAGAAUCCUGAAAAUCGAGCAAAGAACAGAUAUAACAAUGUGUUGCCAUAUGACAUUUCUAGGGUCAAACUAUCUAUUAUGGAUAAUCCCACCGAUGAUUUUGUCAACGCAAACUAUAUUCCCGGAUACAAGACCGAGAAGGAGUUCAUUGCAUCCCAAGGCCCCUUGCCGCACACUGUCAAUGAUUUCUGGAGAAUGAUUUGGGAGAAACAAGUUCACGCCAUUGUAAUGUUGACGAGAUGCGUUGAAAUGGGAAAGGUGAAAUGUGAGGAGUACUGGCCUUCAAAACAAGUCAAGCAAUUUAAUGGAUUAUCAGUCUCCAUGAAGAGUGCAUCUGUCUUCUCUGAAUGGACUAUCCGAGAUUUCCAAGUAACUAAUGUUCGGAGCAGACAGUCUCAACAAGUUCGUCAUUUCCAUUUUACCGCGUGGCCUGACCAUGGCGUUCCAGAGACAACAGACGUUCUAAUAAGUUUCAGAAAUCUAAUUUGUGACUACAUGAAGAAUUGCCCUCAAUCCCCAAUAUUGGUGCACUGCAGUGCCGGUGUGGGCAGGACAGGCACUUUGAUUGCUCUCGAUCGCAUUAUAAAGCAAAUUGAAGCCGAGGACCGAGUCGAUGUGUAUGGAAUUGUACAUGAUCUUCGAAUGCAUCGCUGCUUAAUGGUGCAAACAGAUAGUCAAUACAUCUUCCUGAAUCAGUGCGCAUUGGACUUUAUUAAAUGCAGAGAAGUCCCCAAACCUGAUCUUAUUUACCACAACGCUAGCGCUAUUUAUGAGAAUUUUUCGCCAUCUUCGGUAUACAACAGGACUAAUGUUUAACUAGGAAAGCAACUCUGGUGUUGACAUCACAAGCGACUAGCCUAGUGUGGAUCGCAAAGGCGUUUAUGACAGCAGAAGGAUCUAUAAAUGUGCCUUAAAACUGAAAAAGAGAGAGCACUUUCAAGGAUCCGUUCAUAAUAGCUAGUUUUAAAUACUUCUCUUUUAUUAAUUUAAUGUACAAAACAAUGUGAUUUUUGUUUUGGGUUUACUCUUAAAUCUGCUGGAAGGAUGUAUUGUAUCUAACUUUAACGGAGAAGAAAGAUUUUUUUAUUUACUUUGAAAUUGAUAAACCGUGACAUGGGCUCAGAAUUUCGUAUAACAUAUUUACUCGAAGUUGUUGUUUUUGGUUUGGGUUUUUUUUCUGGGUUUCUUUUUUUUGUCCAAAAUUAUUUACAAAAGUGCAUUUUAUCAAGUCCCGUUGGAGAUUUGUGAAGCAUUUGCAGGACAAUGAUCAACAUUUCUCAACUGGCACAUGUGUUUUCAGGAUGUAGAUUCACCUUUAGAACAUUUUAUUUAAGUGCAAAUAUAAGGUCUUACAAAGGCCCCUGGAUCCCCUCUAAGCACUGUUUAUGUUGGACCACAAAUUAAGCAGUCGAAGCCUUCAGUUUGCACAAGCUAUAUGGUAAAUCUAUUAUAAAAAUUGUUUUUCGUAACCACUUCAGUGUUGGACCAUUCCCAGAAAUAUUACCAAAAUGAACUGGUAGCACUUUAACACUCCAACCACUAAAACACUUUUUUGUUGUUUUGUAAGCCGUGAGGGCAUGCCACCCCACCCCCAAAAAACAAAACCCUUAAUCCAGCACUGAGGUCAAGUACUCACUGUUCAAAACACUGAAGUGGCCAUUGUGCCCGAAGUAAUUCUUUAAAGGCUGUAAAAUAUACAGUUAGUCAUGUGACAAAAAAAGCUUUAAGGGGGUUUUAUUAUACAAAAAUUGCAACUUAAACCUCUAGAUCAGGGGUUGUCAAUCUCUGGCAUCCCAGAUGUUCAGAACUGUCUCUUUUCUGAUGCCAACAUUAUGGCUGUAAGAACAUUAUGAGCGAAGUAGUCCACAACAUCUGGAAUGCCGAAGGUUGCCUAUUCCUGCCAUAGAUCAUUGGUAGAGCGAUAACAACCACGACGCGGCCUGUAAAGUGGGCUUCACGAAACACUAACAUUCUAUGCGUUGUAGUCUACGAUUGCACUGCACGCAUUAUGGGAAGAGUCCAAGAUUGCACUGUGGUACUCCCAAACCAUACACUGCCACGUAUAUUCAUAUUACUGUUUAUUUCUGAGCAGUACAUAUGGUUUGUUUGUUUUGUUUUUUAAUUUAUUUGUGAUCAUUUAAUUACACAUACAUUUAACACAGAGAUAUAGUUUCAUGGCAAAUUUAGCAUUCCAUAAGUAAAGCAUAAUAAAAUAUUUUCUAUAUGGGGUAACAUUUUUUUUAAAAGAUAGUCUUUUAAAUUUGUACUUUUUGUAAUUUUUAUGCAGAACUGUAUAUGUUUAUUUUUGCUAUUUUGACUAUAUAAUAUUUCUAUUAGUCUUCAUUGUAUGCCAUGUCUAAUAAUGUGGUGAUUUGUUUUCUAAAGGUAGGUGUAGAUGAUAUUUAAUAUAAUUUUUUUCUGCAUUUUUUACUCAGGAUAUUUUUGCACUGAAAGAAAAAAAAAACAAUAUAUAGGCAUAAAACUAAAGUUUUCGUGAUUGUUCUUUAUUCCUGUGUAUGUGUAAAUAUAGUAAGCAAUCCUUAUUGCACUUUUGUAUGUGACAUUGUAGUAAGAGGUCAUACCUCUUGCACCAUCACAAUUUUUUUUUUUUUUUUUUUUAUUAAAGCAUCUACUAGUUCGGGGAUAGGCAACCUUUGGCACUCCAGAUGUUGUGGACUACAUCCCCAAUAAUGCUCUUACUCCCAUAAUACCGGCAAAGCAUCAUGGGAGGUGUAGUCCAAAACAUCUGGAAUACCAAAGGUUGCCUAUGCCCAUAAGUAGUUACUGAACUUGCUCUUGAUUUGAGUAGGGAGAUUCGCAGACAGAAAAUAUAAUGAGAGGUUUAUUCAACCAGAAAUUCUGUAGUAUUGGCCAGAAUUGCACAUUUUAGGCUAGAUUAUCCACCUGGUAAAAAAAAAUUCCAGUUUGUCUUUUCUUCUAUCUCAGCUCGUUUGGCCCCAAAUAUGCAAUUGACUGGUCAACUCUCCCAAAAUUUUGAGAGGAGAACUGAAGGGAUGACAUGUAGUAAUGGGGAUUAUUGUAGAGGAUGUUCUAGCGAUCUGGAUAUUGUCACCAGUACAUCAUGAUGCAGGAAACUGCACCAUCAGCCAACUUUCUGUGCGGAUCUCAAAAUGUGUAAUUGUUCUUAUUUUUUUAUUCUUGAGACGUAUUAACCUUUGACUGUGAUAAUGGACAAUCUUAAAAUCUGACAUAUGGCGAAGUGUCACAUUGUCUGUGCAGUAAACAUAUUCCUAAAGUGAUAACAAGUGUUCCCUAUUUAAUCAUUAUCAUCUCAUGAUGGGCCAUGAGUCACCAAAGAGUGGGCUUUAUAUCCUCACUUUCCUCGCUGUUUAAAAAGGCCAGAAAAUCUACAAACCAUAUUUGUAUAUAUAUUUAUAAAGCAAUAUGUGUCAUUUUUAUAUAUACAGCCCAGUCGUAAUAUUAUUGAACAUCAUAACAAACAAAAAUUUUCACUCCCAGGCUCUAAUCCUGUAUGCAUUUACCUGCACAAUAACUGGCCUAUUCACUAAACAGGGGGUCGUCAUUCACUUGAAUUCACUUGAUUCAAUUACAAAAUUUAGACCAAACUAUACAAACUCAAGAAAAUGUGCUUUGUUUCUAGCCAUCUGUUGUGAUAAUCAAUUUUCUAUUCUCUUGUCAAUUUAUAACAAUUUGCUAUUUAUUGGGCAACCCUAAAUGUGUCAAUUUUCUCUAUAAAAUAUCUAUUUUUAUGACUGAUGCUGACUCGUGCUUUGUUUAAUAUGUUGUGUAUAUUAUCAAUGUUAAAAUACAAGUGUCAUUCGAAUAUAAUUGCUGCUAUUUGAUUUACUGUAAUUUUUUGGUUGAAGGAUGGUUUUGAUGGACCAAAUAAUUAAUGGAAAUUAAAGCCCUUUUUUGUAUGAAAGGGGUUGUCGUGUGGCAAACUCAAAUGGAAACAAAAGGGCUAAAUCAUUGUAAUUUGAUUUGUAAAAAUGCAAGUAUUUUAUUAAUAAAAAAAACAAAAA